AUGAAGAGCCGAGCACUUCUGAAUAUUUCAGUGGUUCUGUGGAUCGUGAUGUCAUUGAUGAUCGAAGCCAAACGAAGCAAUGCAGAACCAAUCAUUGGAGCAUUGAAACGACUGAAUGAUAACGCGUUAUGGGCAACGAAGCUGUUGAAAGAGUUCGACCUAGAACAGGCAUCUGAUGGCGUGUACUCACGUUUAUCUAGAUUGUGUUAUUUCACUCCUGUGCAGUGCUUACUGCCAUUAGCCGGCGAACAGAAAGCCGAUCACUUGCUUCUGGUUAGUCCUCUUGGCCGCUGA